AAGCCUGCGGGGAUUACUUCUGCAGCGCCAACAACCAGCACGAGCAGGGCGCAAUUGCGCUUUCGCAGCGCCACCUUCCUGCUCCGAGAGGCUUCUCCGUUUCUGAAAAAAGGAAGCGGCGAUGGGGAAAAAGGCGUGCCGCCCUCAAAGGCAACGGGCAGCGGCUUCGUUUCCUCCUCCUGGACCUGUGCGAGCCGUUCUGCACAUGCUCAGUGGCAAUGAAAGCCGGCAGCAAACUUGGGGGGCUCGAGCCUGCGGCUCCUUCCCCCCCCCCCGCCUCGCCACCCUAUUAGGUUCCUGGAGAGCGGCUGAGUCAGGGGCUGAGUCACAGGGAGGAGCGCCUCCCCUGGCAGGACGGGAUGGUUUCGUUUCCCCUUCUCUGGUUUCCCGUCGCCACUCGGUGCCUCUCUUUGCUCGCAGCCGUAGCCCUUCCUGCGACCCGUGCGUAACAGCCGCGCCCAUUCCUCCCGGUUAUAAGACAUGGACCGCCUCACUGCAGCAAACAGUGCCUUUGCCCUCAAUCUGUUCAAGAAGCUAAGUCAAAAUAAUAAUACAGCGAACGUGUUUUUUUCUCCGUUGAGCAUUUCUUCUGCUUUGACGAUGGUUUCUCUGGGUGCGGCAGGGAACACCGCAGCCCAGAUGGCAAAGGUAUAUCCAGAUAAAUACGUUUUAUUGCCCACUGACAGCUAUCCUCUAUGGUUUCUCCAGGAUUUUUUGGCUGGCACUCAGAAGUUCUACAGAGCUGAGUUAGCCACAGUGGAUUUCCAAUAUAAUUCAGACAAUACACGAAAACAAAUCAACCAGUGGGUUAAGGACCAAACUGAAGGUAAAAUCUGUGACUUGUUACCUGAGCAUUCAAUUGAUAAACGCACGAAAUUGGUUCUGGUGAAUGCCAUCUACUUCAGAGCCGACUGGGCAGAGAAGUUUCAAGACAAAUUCACUAUGGAGAUGCCUUUUAGACUGAAUAUGAAGGAAAAGAAGAUGGUGAAUAUGAUGUUUCUGAAAAAGAAGCUUCCUUUGGGGCACAUUCCUGAGUGUAGGUGUCGGGUGCUAGAACUUCCUUACGAGGGAAAAGAAUUUAGCAUGAUGAUCCUGCUGCCUGAUGAUAUCGAGGAUAGCUCCACUGGCCUGGAACAGCUGGAGAAGCACCUCACCUUUGGAAAGCUCCUAGAGUGGACACACCCGGCAAAGAUGGAAAACACUGUAGUUUAUGUGCAUCUGCCUAAAUUUAAACUGGAGGAGAGCUAUAACCUCAACAAUGACUUGGCAGCGUUGGGACUGCUGGAUAUCUUCAACAGCAGAAAGGCAGAUUUAUCUGGAAUGUCAGAAGCCCGGAAUCUCUAUGUGUCCCAUAUUGUUCACAAGUCAUUUAUAGAAGUGAAUGAAGAGGGAGCAGAAGCGGCGGCAGCAACUGCUGUUGUUAUUACAACGACAUGUACCUCUACACAUAUUAUGGAAGUGGAUUUCAACGCUGACCACCCCUUCCUAUUUUUUGUCCGCCACAACCCAACAAGAAGUGUACUUUUCUUUGGCAGGUUUGCUUCUCCAUGAAAAGUAGAAUAAACGGUUGCACCGGAUAAAUUGAUGGACAACAUACUGCUUGUUAUUUCCUUGUUUUAGCUUUUUUUCCAGAUACUUAGAAUUAUGGAAUUGUGGAGUAGGAAGGGACAUUCCAACUGCUUGCAAUGCAGGAAUUCUGCCCAUGGCCUUCCUUGGUUCUUACAGGCUUUUAGAAGGAAUGUGGUCCAUUCUGGAUAUGGAUUCAUUUGGGGAAAU